CGUUCAACGACGUUCAAUCGUCAAUUCUCCUCAUCAUACUCUCCUCUCAUCGACGCUACAUUACAUUUCAUCAUGAUUCGAUCCAGCAGAGCACUGAAAACUUCUCGAGCAGCUCGCGCCGUACACUCGGGCAAUCCGGUGUCGGCGCCGACCAAGGUCAGGCCCGCGGGACGAACUCUGCUAGUAGCCUCGACGGCCGCUGCGACGGCCGGGGCACUUUGGUAUUCAACCCGAGGAACUGUCCACAACGACGCGCCCACACCCGUAUCCGAGAGUCAGAAAAAGUCCUCUACGCCGACCUCUGUGCAAUUCUCGCAGAACGAGGACAAGCUUGAGACACUCGUGUGGGGUUCCAACAGGAAUCAUGUCCUCUCAAUUGACGAGAGCGGAGCUGAGUCUAUACGCACACCGGCCAUCGCAGCUUGGUUAGAGAACGUUGCGCUACGCGAGCUAGGGCUACACGAAAGGCACGCGGCCUGCGUCGACGCACGGGGGGACGUGUACCAGUGGGGUGACGGCUUUGAGGGCAAAUCCGGCUCUUCGUCAGGACAGCCCACACGGACGUUACGAGGAAAGAACAUCAUUCGACUGCAACUGACGUCGACGCGGGUAUAUGCGCUUUCUGCGUCGGGGCAUAUAUACGUGCUUUCCUCAGCAUCAGCGCAGCAAGCCCUUCGACCUGGUGAGCCAACGCCCGCAAGCUCUCCGUGGUGGGGUACUGGCUGGCUAUGGGGUGAGGAGGAGGACAGAGACUUUGCGCAGAUCGUCCCGGACGUCAAGCUUGGCCGAAGAGAAAAAUUCGUCGCCAUCGCGGCUGGGUCUGACCAUCUACUCGCGCUGACGUCCACUGGGCGCACGUUCGCCCACCCAGUGACACUCAAGGCGAACACGCACGGACAGCUUGGCUUCCGGAAGUUCGACAUCCCUGCGCCUGCCUCUGCGGAGCACGCAUUCGGCCACGCGCGUCUCCCGAUUGAGCUGACCCCCAAGUCCAUCACAGAUCCGUACGCGAAGGCGACGCCUGCCGUUCGGCCUGUCGAUGUGAACGGCGCGAGCGCGGAACUGCUCACGAGCCUCGACGACAGGAGCAUCCGAUUCGCAGACAAGCUGUUCGAGGUGCCCGCGCUGCGGGGCAUCGACGUCGACGCGAUCGCAGCGGGCGCGCGGAGCAGCUUCGCGAAGACGACGGCUGGACGGGUGCUCGGAUGGGGCGCUAACGAAUUUGGGCAGAUCGGUCUGGGCAGGGAGGUGACGCUCGACACCAUCACGGUGCCGACGGAGGUGAUCCUGUGGCGCUCCACACCCGCGGGCAUGCGCACGACGUGCCUAGACGUGUACGCGGCUGGGGACCUAACGUUCUUCAAGGUCGAGCGGGUGGACGGCAGUGCUCCGCCGUACAUCGACGUACUGGCGUGCGGGAAUGGCCAGUACGGUGGGCUGGGCAACGCGCAGUUCAGUAACGCGCAGGGCACCCCAGUCCGCACGCGCAACGUGAGCGGGCUGCUCGAAUACAGCGAGAAGCAUAACAACCUGCAGCCGAUCAUGCCCCACGACAUAUCGGUCUCGCCGACGGGGCAUGUCCUGCUCACGCUGGAUACGCUCGCGCACGGCGGGCCAGGGGCGGCGGGGCGGGACUUGCUCUCAUGGGGCGCGAACUACGAGUACCAACUCGGGAACGGGAAGCGCGGAAGCAGCGCUUCGCCGACAGCGUUGCAGGGCGGAGAGGGCGCGCGGUUCAUGCUGGGGAGGAGGAAGGCGGAUGAGGUGCGGGACUUGCAAGGUAACGUGUGGAAGAGGGGCGUCGAAGUUGAGCAGACGGCGCUGGCUGGCUGGGGGAAUAGCGUCGUGUAUUGGAGGAUUUGUUCAUAGAGGCCUGUGCACGAUAUCGAUGAACUCCUCCAUUCGUAUGGUUGUCUUGCACUGAC